AUGAGGCAAGAAUUCUGGCCUAUUCAUGGAAAACGCGUAGUCGACUGCGUUCUACGAAAGUGCUACCGCUGCUUCCGCAUAAACCCCGCACCGGUACAACAACCAACAGGCCAGCUUCCGGGCACGCGAGUCCGUCCAAGCAGGCCUUUCUCCAUUACAGGAGUGGACUAUUGCGGUCCAUUUUAUUUGAAACCACCGCACCGUCGUGCAGCAGCGCCUAAAUCAUACAUUUCGGUGUUCAUAUGCUUUUCAACCAAAGCCAUACAUUUGGAGAUCGUGAGCGAUUUGUCCACAACCGGCUUUAUUUCAGCCCUUCGUCGAUUCUCAGGACACCAUGGCAUUCCAACUGAAAUUCAUUCAGAUAACGCCAAAAAUUUCGCCGGUGCCAAGAACGAAUUGCACGAUUUGUAUCAUACCCUCAAUGAUAAGUCCAGUCAAGAACGUAUCGGCAACGAACUGUCCCUGCAAGGCAUCACGUGGAAAUUUAUACCCCCUAGAGCACCGAAUUUCGGGGGUCUUUGGGAGGCAGCCGUCCGUUCUGUGAAAACCGCUCUUAAGAAGGAAAUUGGAACCCGCCAGCUUAAUUAUGAAGAUUUCUCCACGCUACUUGUCCAAAUAGCCGCAGCACUAAACUCGAGACCAUUAGUCCCACUUUCUGAUGAUCCAACAGAUCUAAACGCGCUCACACCAGCGCAUUUCUUAAUUGGCACACCGAUGAAUGCUAUACCCGAGCGCAAUCUAAUCACUACCCCAGCCAACCGCUUAGACCACCAUCAACAACAGCAGCAAAUGUUCCAAAAAUAUUGGGAUCGUUGGAGCAGAGAUUAUUUGACCGAGCUACAAACGUGCAGCAAAUAUAAACAACCCAGCCCAAUACGCAUCGGCACUUUAGUAGUAUUACGUGAAGACAACAUGCCACCGUUGUGUUGGCCUUUAGCAAGAAUCACUGAUGUCCAUCCCAGCGCAGAAGGAGUCGUUCGUGUAGUGACCGUCAAGACUGCUAGUGGAGUAUACAAGCGGCCCGUUUGCAGAAUAUGUCCACUACCAUCAGAGACCGUCAUCGAAGAGGGAUCCUCAAAUAGUUUAUGA